CUCCUCUUGCCUAUUUUGCUCUCCUCCUCCCUUCCCUCUUCCCUGUUCCCUCACCGCCAUUUCCCACUCUCGCGGAGCUCUUCCUCUACUCGUCUCCGCGCUCCCGCGGCGUCAGAACGUUCGCGGCGAACUGUGGUGGAUGGAGACGAUGAAUUCGGUGGCUGUGAUGGAGGUGGCGCCGGUGCCGGACCCGCCCUUCGAAAACGCCACACCCCUGACGCCACCGCCGCCGACGCCAUUGGAGGCGCUUACGCUGCGCCGCAGCGCCCGUUGCCUCAACAUGCCGCGUCGGCCCAGCUACGCGGAGCAGGAGCGGCCCAAACAGCCCAGCGGCCGGGGCCGCGGCGGCGACAAGAGGAAGAUAGAUGAAGAGAGUCCGGAGCCGCAGGUGACACAGGAAGCGAAGAAGCCGGGCAGGAAGGCCGCCAAGGCUGAUCCAGGGGAGAGGGAGCCGAUGCCGGUGAUUGCGGCUGUACCUGUUUCUUGCGCCGGUGUUACCGGAGCUGCUGCAAAGGACGAUGUGAUGGGGAGUGGGAAGAGCGCGAAGCUAAGGGUGAAGGAGACAUUGAGGGCAUUCAACAGCCACUACCUCCACUUUGUGCAGGAGGAGCAGAAACGAGCACAAGCUGCGCUACAGGAGAUUGAGGCUAAGGGAUGCCUGAAACGUCAGACAAAGGGUGGUAAAAAUAAGAAGGGCAGUAAGCAAGAUGCUGAAGUUGAGGAGAAAGAGAAGCGCCCAUCAAAGCGGCCUGACCUGAAGGCCAUCACGAAGAUGCAAGAAACGAACGCCGUGCUUUAUCCAGAGAAGAGGAUAGGGCAUCUACCCGGGAUCGACGUCGGGGAUCGAUUUUAUUCUCGUGCUGAAAUGGUUGUGUUGGGCAUCCACAGCCAUUGGCUUAAUGGCAUUGACUACAUGGGAGUGAAAUACGAAGGAAAGAAGGAGUAUGAGAACUUAACUUUCCCACUGGCCACCUGUAUUGUAAUGUCGGGGAUAUAUGAAGAUGAUCUAGACAAGGCUGAUGAAAUUAUUUAUACUGGUCAAGGAGGAAAUGAUUUACUUGGUAACCAUCGCCAAAUUGGCUCUCAACAGUUGAAGCGUGGAAAUUUGGCAUUGAAGAAUAGCAGGGAUAAUGGUAAUCCUAUCCGAGUUAUUCGAGGACAUGUGUCAAAGAACAGCUAUACUGGAAAAGUCUACACCUACGAUGGGCUGUACAAGGUUGUAGAUGACUGGGUGCAGAACGGAGUGCAGGGUCACGUUGUUUUCAAAUAUAAACUGAAGCGGCUUGAGGGUCAGCCAUCAUUGACAACUUCUGAGGUGCGAUUUACUCGUGCUGAAGCUCCCACAACUAUUUCUGAAUUACCAGGUUUGGUUUGUGACGACAUCUCUGGAGGGCAAGAAAGUAUUCCAAUUCCUGCUACUAACUUGGUUGAUGAUCCACCUGUUCCUCCAUCUGUAGGCUUCACGUACUCCAAAUCUCUCAAAGUUCCUAAGGGCAUCAAGAUUCCGUCUAAUAUUAUUGGCUGCGACUGUGAAGGAGAUUGCGCUAGCAACAAAAAUUGCUCAUGUGCUCAGCGCAAUGGUUCUGAUCUACCUUACGUAUCAUAUAAGAACAUUGGCAGGUUGGUGGAGCCCAAAGCAGUUGUAUUUGAAUGUGGGGCUAACUGCAGCUGCAACCACGACUGUGUAAACAGAACAUCUCAACAGGGUUUGCAGUAUCGCCUAGAGGUAUUCAAGACAGCUUCAAAAGGUUGGGGCGUCAGGACUUGGGACACUAUCCUCCCCGGGGCCCCCAUCUGUGAGUACACCGGGGUGUUGAGGAGGACUGAAGAUUUGGAUGGUUUGCAGAACAACUACGUCUUCGACAUUGACUGUCUUCAAACCAUGAAGGGAUUGGAUGGAAGGGAGAAAAGGGCUGGCUCUGAAAUGCACCUGCCCAAUCUUCAUCCUGAGAAUGAUUCAGAGGCACCACCUGCGCCAGAGUACUGCAUAGAUGCUAGUUCUAUUGGCAAUUUUGCAAGGUUCAUAAACCACAGUUGCCAACCUAACCUUUUUGUCCAGUGCGUCUUGAGCUCACAUAAUGACGUUAAGCUGGCCAAAGUGACGCUCUUUGCUGCUGACACUAUACUUCCUCUUCAGGAGCUAUCUUAUGACUAUGGUUAUCGCUUGGACAGUGUUGUUGGCCCUGAUGGAAAUAUUGUGAAGCUGCCUUGCUACUGUGGUGCUCCUGAUUGCCGCAAGCGCCUCUACUAGACCUGCGGUGUAUUUCUAUUUGGAUUUUGGAGGGAACAAAUUAUAUUGUAGGAAUGCAGUCAUGGUAUCUGUGUAGUUGACAUGCUCUGAUAUUUAGCAAAAGAUGAGCAACUUGAUCUCCUUUUGGAACAAUCUUUUUUUUUUGUCAUGUGUAGAGGACAUGCUCGACAUGGUAUCAUAUUUUGCUGAAAAUUAACUGAUAUAUCAGGUGGUGGAACACUUAUCCCCUAUAACACACA